AUGCAGGUCGAAAUGCCUCAGUGCGUAGCCCAUCAAGAAGAUCAAGAGAAGACCUUACGACAACACACAAACAAAAAGCCCAUCAAUCGACCAGCGAUGCAGAUAUAUCGACCGCCCGGUCUAAGAUCGGGUGGUGGCGACACAUCUACCGUAUCCUCAAAUGGAGGAUCUCCUACAACGAACACGAUCACUAAACCGACUAAAGAGGCCGGUUCAAAGCCACUUCAUAAUUCCAAUUCAAACUUUAAAGAAGAAAAUAAUAAUAUUCGUAAUGGUAAUACUCCAGUUGAACAACAACAGCAAAAUUCCCGUGCUAGUUCGCGAUCCUCAAAUGAAGAGCGACGACUAAAUCGUACGGAAAGUUCGUUAAGCUCCGAAAGUGCUCUGUCCCAGAGAUCUGUUGGAUCGAGUGGAAACAACAAAAGUAUUCCAAAAGCUGCAAGUAUCACUAAAGAAGCCACUGAACGUAGCUUAGAAAAGAAACUUAAACAGCUAACACCACCAAAGAAGGAACCAAAAAAAAAAAUAUUGUCUGAGAAAGAGAUGCCAGAAAUCGCAAAGCUGUUACGUCAAUUACACUUGGUCAGUAACACUGCUGAACUCGAACAAUGGAUUGAAGGGUGUUUUCAAUCGGAUGAGUUAGCAGAGAUUGUUGGUUCUUCUUUAUGUCAGCAUGCCAUUGAAGGUGGAGGUGGAAGAGGAGUUGCAAAAAUCUGUGGCUCUCUCAAAGAUUCUGCUUCUAUCAAAGGAUUAUCUCGAGGGCUAUUAACGUCAAUUUCACAAUAUCUGGAUUGUCGAGAUAAACUUAGAACUGAUCACUUCCGUAUGUGGAUAUCAUUUUUGACAUUCGUGUCUGACCUGUAUGCUAAUAUUGGAGCUGUGGAUGAACUUGUGAACAGCGUAUUUCAAGUAUUUGACUAUUUGCUCCGCAGCCCCAUCCUAGAAACGUUGAAAAUUGAAGAAUUGGAAUGUUUGAUUUCAACUUUGCUGUCAGUUGGUUACGAUUUGGAGCGAGAGUGUCCUGAUCAAUUGGCACUCUUGAAAGAUUUAAUAAGAGAUGCUUUCAUAACUGUGUCUGAACCAUGGGCUCGGAAGAUGAUUCUUCUUCUAUUAGAACUUGGAGCCAGUGGUUGGAAGCUUCCCGCAGAAGCUAACGAGUAUUAUUUCCAGCAAACAUAA